GCGUAGUCUUCUUUCUGUGUAAUACACACAGAAUGACGCAACUGAGCCAACAUCAGAAGCAAAGUGCGGCUCUCCAGCCAAGGUACGGAUGUUUCGCCAAGUAUGACAUGUAUCGACUCCACCAAGAAAUGCCGGGUGACCAUAGUGUGAGACCGAGGCAAUUGAAUGACGGACGCCCAACAAAAAAGCCAAGAAGAGCAAGGGAACUUCGUAAUUUGGUACUAGAUAACAGUCACAAAAUGAUUGUUGAGCUCCAAGAUGUCAAGUGCCAAGGUCCGAACCAAAGCCUUUUUAGCUCCCGUAAUUUUUUCUCCUCCCUUUUUCUUACCUCUUCACUACUUCAUAUCAUAACCGCCCUAGGGCAAAAAAUCAUGACAGCCGCAAUGGUUUCCACAGAAACUACAGAAACCCCAAAGUUUGAUCAUACCAGCCUGCUCAAGCACGCUGUGCAUAACAAUAUCUAUACCAAUGGCUCAGCGCUGCAGUCUGAACCUAUCUUGAAUAAGAGUGGCCUACAUGACCCUGCGGAAUUUGACGAGAGACCACCUUUGAGCAAGAUAAACUCAUCCCCUGAUACUACUACACCUGUAUCAAAUCCUUCGGUGCGUUCCAAACGACGUCGUCGCUUGACAUUCAGGCCACGCAUGACUCCGUUAGAUCUAGCCAAUCCCGAAUCCACGAACGAUCAGUUUCGCGGAUUUUUUACUCUAUUCUGGCUCGCUAUGGCCUUCUAUGUCCUUCAAACUGUUAUCCGGUGCUACGAACAAGAAGGCAUUCUGCUAUCCCUUGGCUUCUUUAGGUUAUUUUCAAAGGACGGCUUGGCUCUGUUAAUAUCGGACCUUGCAAUGGUUUCAAUGACGUUAUUUUCGGUACCUUUCUCUAAGCUCAUACUUUCUGGUUGGCUGCCUUACGACAAUAUUGGUUUCAUUUUACAACACGUUUUUCAAGCGGUCUUCUUGUUUGUCAGUAUUUAUUGGACUUUCUGGAGAGAUUGGCCUUGGGUGCAGUCAGGAUUUUUCACUUUGCACACCAUUGUGAUGAUGAUGAAAAUGCAUUCAUACACGUCAUUGAAUGGAAACUUGUCUUUGAAGCUGCGACGUCGCAAGUACUUAAAGGAAUACAUCCCAAAAUGGAUAGCGGAGCAUCACACUGGUGAAGGAAGCCCGCACCUUCCGGUAUCUCCGUCAUUGUCUGAUGUGGCCGACGAUGCCUCUAUCGCAUCUGAAAUCACCGUUCAAUCCGAAAAGGAAUAUCGCGGCUAUUCAGAGACCGAUGCUGCUGAACUGAAGGUGAUGGAGGAGGAAUUGGAAAUUAUCGAAGAAGACCUUGUGCACGGCAAGACGCUCUUCCCUAAGAAUAUUACCUUGGUAAAUUAUCUCGACUACUUGCUGGUGCCAAGUCUGGUGUACUGGAUGGAAUACCCGAGGACGGACCGCAUUCGCCCCUGGUAUGUGUUUGAAAAGACGGUUGCCACCCUGGGCAGCUUCUUAUUGCUGUACGUCACAACCGAGAGAUACAUUCUCCCAAAACUCUACGACCCUACCAUGUCCGAAGCUCGUGUGAUUGUUGAACUCUUGUUUCCCUUCAUGAUCAACUAUCUCCUUAUCUUUUACAUCAUUUUCGAGUGCAUUCUCAAUGCGUUUGCGGAAAUAAGCAUGUUUGCUGAUCGAAACUUUUACGAAGACUGGUGGAAUAGUGUAACCUACGACGAAUUUGCCCGAAAAUGGAAUAAGCCUGUACAUCAUUUCUUGCUUCGACAUGUGUAUGCGUCUUCCAUGGAAGCAUACAAAUUAACCAAGACCAAUGCUACAUUCCUCACCUUCUUCAUAUCCUCAUGUCUUCAUGAACUGGUCUUGGUCAUCGUCACUCGCAAAAUCAGAAUGUAUCUUUUCAUUCUGCAAAUGUUACAAAUUCCUUUGAUUAUUAUUGGACGUCAUCCUAUCAUCCGUAAGCGUAGCUGGCUAGGCAAUGCAUUUUUCUGGGUUUGCAUGUUCGUUGGACCUCCCCUUCUUGGCAUCCUUUAUUGUCGCGAAGUCUUUUGGUCCAUGAAGCAAUCUGGCGCAUUAUAACCGAACUAUAUAAUUUUCUAACCUCCUACUACCCUUUUCAUACAAUUAUUGUAUACUCUUCCAUUAUUCUCUCAGUGUAUGCUGCAAUCCCGCGUAAAACCAAACUUUUAGUUAAAAAGCGAACUGUGAUAUUAAAAAGCGUGAUCGUUGAAAUGAAAUUCAGCUGGUUGUUGAUCACGUUUUAAAAACAUCAUCAGAUUCUGUUGAGAUAGAACGAUUCUUGGUGCAAUUAAAAAGUCUUUUUUUAAAAAAUACAGUCC